CGGCGCCGGGCGGCUGCCGGGCGGGCCGGGGCGAUGGCGGCGGCCGGGCGGUGCUGGGGGGAGCGGGGCUCGGCCGUGGUGCAGCUGCCCCGCACGCCGCGCAUGGUGUCCGUGGAGUACCCGGGGCUGGUGCGGGAUGUCGGAGCCGUGCUGCGGACCCUGGGAGGAGAGGAAGGGGUGUCGCGGAUCUACGCCGACCCUGCCAAAAGGCUGGAGCUGUGUUUCCGCCCCAAGGACCCUUACUGCCACCCCGUGUGCGCCAAUCGCUUCCCCACCUCCACCAUGCUGCUCAAGGUGAGGAGGAGGACCAAGAGGAAUAAGACGCAGGUGGACACGGAAGAGCCAGUCCAGCCAGAAGUUCAGUUUGAAAUGGAAAUUGUUGGGAUUGUCACCACUGUUUACAAAUUUCAAGGAAUGUCUGAUUUCCAGUACCUGGCAAUGCACUCUGGUCCUGAUGGCAAACAAACCUCCAUGUAUGACAAAGUCCUAAUGCUCAAACCAGAGAAGGAAGAAUUUUUCAAUAGGGAAUUACCUCUCUACAUCCCUCCACCAAUUUUCUCACGUCUAGACACUCCUAUUGACUAUUUUUAUCGGCCAGAUACCCAACACCG